AUGAUCAACAUGUCGGCCAUGGAUCCAUGCCUACGCGAGACCAACUGGCCUGCCGUGGCUAGGUAUGUCUCAGCGCACAAGGAUACUUACCCUUUCAUCAAUCCCGCCAAAGCCAACCUUGCAGGCAAGUCUGUCCUAAUCACGGGCGCCUCCAAGGGCAUUGGAAAGGCGACCGCCAUCAGCUUCGCCGUUGCGGGCUGCUCGAAAAUCCUUCUUAUCGCUCGUUCUGACAUGGCCGACGUCGAGGCAGCUGUCAAGGACGCCGCCAAGAAGGCAAACCGAUGCCAGCCGCUGGUGCACUCCAUAAAGGCCGACAUAACGUCGGAUGACUCGGUGAAGGCGGCAUCUGAGACUGCUGCAAACAUGCUCGACGGUAGUCUCGACAUCCUGAUCAACAAUGCCGGCUAUCUGGAGCAGUGGGAACCCAUUGCCGAGUCCAAGCCAAGUGAGUGGUGGUGGACUUGGGAGGUCAACAUCAAAGGCACCUAUCUCGUCGCCCACUAUUUUGUGCCUUUUCUCCUCAAAUCCACAACCAAGACACUCAUCAACAUCACCAGUGGGGGUGCCCAUGUCAUGUUCCCUGGCGCCUCGGGGUACCAGACAAGCAAGUUUGCCCUUUGCCGUCUGACAGAGUUCAUCGACAAGGAAUAUUAUCAGCAGGGCCUGAUCGCCAUUUCACUCCACCCCGGUGGCAUCAAAACUGAGUUAGCCAUGAACAUGCCUCCAGACAGGCAUGAUGUCUUGACCGACACGCCGGAGCUGGCAGCCGACACUCUAGUCUGGCUAUCCUGCGAGCGACGGGACUGGCUCUCCGGCAGGUUCGCCUCUGUCAGCUGGGAUAUGGAGGAACUGGAGCAGAAGAAGCAAGACAUACUUGAACGGAAUUUGUUUAAGUUUCGGGUCUUGAUUUGA